GAGGCCGCGGAGCCGGAGCGCGAUGGAGCGAGGGCCCCAGGCGGGGAGGCGCCGCCGCCGAGCGCGCGGCCCGACGUCCCCUCAGUGAGUGCCCGCGCCGCCGCGGCGCCGCCCGAGCCUGGCCGCGCCCGAGGGGCGGGCUCGCCUCCCGCCGGCCUCGCCGCUUCGCCGGCGCUCGGAGCCCGCCGCCGCCGCCGCCGCCUUCCCGCUCGGGCCGGGAGACGGGCCGGGGCUGCAUGGCCUCGCCCGCGCGCCGCCGCUGAGCCCGCGGAGCCGCGCAGCCGGGAGCCGAGCACACCCAGCGCUGCCCGGGAACGCACCCAGUCGGAUUGCACACACGGUCUUCGUCAGCAUCAGCUCUCAACUAUGGACUCGACGGUUGAUGACGAAGCGAUGGCAGUAUAAAUGAAGAUCAGGUGAGGGGAGAAGAACGAUGCCCAAGGGUGGGUGUUCUAGAACACCACAGCACGAAGACUUUUCCCUCAGCAACGACAUGGUGGAGAAACAAACAGGGAAAAAGGAUAAAGAUAAAGUUUCUCUGACCAAGACCCCAAAGCUGGACCGCAGUGAUGGAGGGAAGGAGGUGAGGGAGCGAGCAAGCAAACGGAGGCUGCCCUUCACUGUGGGGGCCAAUGGAGAGCAGAAGGACUCGGACACAGAGAAGCAGGGUCCUGAGCGGAAGAGGAUUAAGAAGGAGCCUGUCACCCGGAAGGCCGGGCUGCUGUUCGGCAUGGGGCUGUCUGGGAUCCGGGCCGGCUACCCCCUCUCCGAGCGCCAGCAGGUGGCCCUCCUCAUGCAGAUGACUGCCGAGGAGUCCGCCAACAGCCCAGUAGACACCACACCAAAGCACCCCUCCCAGUCGACAGUGUGUCAGAAGGGGACGCCUAACUCCGCCUCGAAAACCAAAGACAAAGUGAACAAGCGGAACGAGCGUGGAGAGACCCGUCUGCACCGCGCAGCCAUCCGGGGGGACGCCCGGCGCAUCAAGGAGCUCAUCGGCGAGGGCGCGGACGUCAACGUCAAAGACUUCGCAGGCUGGACGGCGCUGCACGAGGCAUGUAACCGCGGCUACUACGACGUCGCCAAGCAGCUGCUGGCCGCGGGCGCAGAGGUGAACACCAAGGGCCUGGACGACGACACCCCCCUGCACGACGCUGCCAACAACGGGCACUACAAGGUGGUGAAGCUGUUGUUACGCUAUGGCGGGAACCCUCAACAAAGCAACAGAAAAGGCGAGACCCCGCUGAAGGUGGCCAACUCCCCGACCAUGGUGAAUCUCCUGUUGGGCAAGGGGACCUACACGUCCAGCGAGGAGAGCUCGACCGCAGAGAGCUCAGAGGAGGAAGACGCCCCGUCGUUUGCACCUUCAAGUUCAGUUGAUGGCAAUAACACAGACUCUGAGUUUGAAAAAGGCCUAAAGCACAAGGCUAAAAAUCCAGAGCCCCAGAAAACUGUGACCCCCGUCAAGGACGAGUACGAGUUUGACGAGGAUGAUGAGCAGGACCGAGUCCCUCCCGUGGACGACAAACACUUACUGAAAAAGGAUUACAGAAAAGAAACCAAGUCAAAUAGUUUUAUUUCUAUACCCAAAAUGGAAGUGAAAAGUUACACUAAAAAUAACACGAUUGCACCAAAGAAAGCGGCUCAUCGCAUCCUGUCGGACACGUCAGACGAGGAAGACGUGAGUGUCGCCGUGGGGACAGCGGAGAAGCUGAGGCUCUCGGCACACGCGAUACUGCCCAGCAGCAAAACACGGGAACCUUCCGGUUCCAAGCAGCAGAAGGAGAAAAAUAAAGUGAAGAAGAAGCGAAAGAAGGAGACGAAAGGCAAAGAAGUGCGGUUCGGGAAGAGAAAUGACAAGUUUUGCUCCUCCGAGUCCGAGAGCGAGUCCUCGGGGAGCGGGGAGGACGACGGGGACUCCGUGGGCAGCUCCGGCUGCAAGCAGUCCCCUCUGGUGCUCAAGGACCCGGCCCUGUUCAGCUCUCUGUCCGCCUCCUCCACCUCGUCUCACGGGAGCUCCGCCGCCCAGAAGCAUAACCCCGGCCACGCAGACCCGCACGCCAAGCACUGGCGGACGGACAACUGGAAAAGCAUCUCUUCUCCCGCCUGGUCCGAGGUCAGCUCCUUGUCAGACUCCACGAGGACGAGACUGACGAGCGAGUCUGACUGCUCCUCCGAGGGCUCCAGCGUGGAGUCGCUGAAGCCUGUGAGGAAGAAGCAGGAGCACAGGAAGCGGGGCGGCCCGCAGAGCGCGCUGCCGGAGAAGAAGAACUCUUUCCACGCCAGUGUGGACGGCGCCAUCCCCAAGCUGGACAAGGAGGGGAAGGUCGUCAAGAAACAUAAAACAAAACACAAACACAAAAACAAGGACAAGGGGCUGUGCUCCGUCGGUCAGGAACUCAAACUGAGGAGUUUCACUUACGAGUACGAGGACUCCAAGCAGCGGUCGGAGAAGGCCGUCCUUGUGGACGGCGACGUGCCCGGCGAGAGCAAGGCGAAGGCCUUGAAGCACGACAGGGAGCACUUCAGGAAGGAGGAGCGGCUCAGCAAGGCGAAGGCGGAGGACAGGGAGUGGCUCUUCAGGGAGGAGGUGCUCAAGGUCUCCAAAGAUGAGAAACCACUGAAGAGAGUCAAAGACGGGAGCAGGUCUUCGCGCGAAGAGAAGGACCGCACGAAUAAAGCAGAAAGAGAGAAGCUGGUGAAGGAAAAGUCCCCCAAAGAGGAAAGACUGAGGCUCCACAAAGAGGAGAGGAAGAGGAAGUCCAAAGACAGGGCCGCGAAGCCAGAGAAGAAGAGCGACUGUAAGGAGGACAGGGCCCCGAGGGACAGGGACAGGGACAAGCCUUUCAGAGAAGACAGAGAGAGGCUGAGGAAGGAGAGAGUUUACAGGGAGGACUCCUCCGCCUUCGACGAGUAUUGUAACAAGAGCCAGUUUCUGGAGAACGAGGACACCAAAUCCAGCCUUUCCGACGACCAGCAGGACCGGUGGUUCUCGGACUUGUCCGACUCCUCCUUCGACUUCAAGGCGGACGACAGUUGGGACUCCCCGGUGACGGACUACAGGGACGUCAAAAGCGACCCCGUGGCCAGACUGAUCCUGGAAACCGUGCGGGAAGACAGCAAGGAGAAGAAGCGGGAGAACAGGGGCCGCGAGAAGCGCGAGUACGGGGACCGGCGCGGCGACAGGGACGCCUGCCUCAGGAGGAAGGAGCGGGACGGCCUGGACAGAGGCUCCGACAGGAGGCGGGAGCAGGUGGACAAGCAGAGGGGGGUCCCCGGCUGCCUCCCCGACAGGGACAAAAAGCGGAGGGAGCCCGCCGAGGGCGGGCGGGACCGCAGGGACCCCCUCGAGGCCGCCAAGGAGCGCAGGGACGGCAGGCCCAGGCCCGAGGAGCCGAGGGAGCCGGGCGGCGAGGCCGGCCUCAGGGACAGGCCCGACUGCGACCUGGGGAAGGGCCCCGAGCCCUGGGAGAGGCUGCACGCGGCGAGGGACAGGGAGCGGAGGGAGAGGGGCAAGCUGGAGAAGCACAGAGACAAGUCCUGCGACAAAGACAAAAGCGACAAGGCCGUCCCGGAGAAAAGCCAGAGGGACAAGGACCCAGACAAGUGCUGCAAGGAGAAGAAGGACCCCAAGGAGAAGCAUAAGGACAAGGAGCGGAAGGCUCCCCCCGACCCGGCGAAGGACAGGAGGGACAGGGGCUUCGCGGGGCCGCCCCCGGACGACCUCCCGGAGAGAAAGGACGAGAAGAAGGGGAAGGAGAAGAGCUGGUACAUCGCCGACAUCUUCACGGACGAAAGCGAGGACGAGAAGGACGAGUUUGCGGCCAGCGGGCUCCGGCUCGGGGACGCCGCGGACGCGCCGCGGGCGGACGGCCCCCCGGACGCCGACCGGCACCGCAAGCACCCUGCCGACCGGCAGCUCGCGGAGAAGCAGAGGGACCGGGAGCUCCGAGAGAAGAAGAGGGAGAGGGGGGCCCCGGAAGCGGCGAAAGACAAGAAGGACAAGGGCCCGGACAAGCACAAGGACCGGAGGGACAGGGAGGGCGGGGACAGGUGCCGGGACAGGAGGGACCGCCCGCCGGCCGACCCCGCCCAGGAGAAGCGGGCCCGGCCCAAGCCCCCCGAGAAGGCGGAGCGGAAGCCCCCGGCCGAGGACCGGGCCCGGGGCAGGCACCGCGAGCGGCCGGACAGGGAGCACGGCCGGGAGCGGAAGGCGCCGCGGGGCGCCGAGGCGGAGCGGGCCCUGCUGGAGAGGCUGGAGGAGGAGGCGCUGCACGCCUGCCGGGAGGACUCCCACGACAAGGCCAGCGAGGGCUCCUCCGACAGCUUCGCCGACCGCGGGCCGGAGCCAGGCCUGGGCGCCCUCCUGGAGGUGUCCUUCACGGAGCCCCCGGAGGACAAGGUCAAGGAGAGGGAGAGGCACAGGCACUCGUCGUCCUCGUCCAAGAAGAGCCACGACCGGGAGAGGGUGCGGAGGGACCGGUGCGAGAGGCGGGACCGGAGCGAGGACCUCAGGGACGCCGGCAGCAGGAAGGACCCCGGCCCCUGCGACAAGGACUUCGCGGACGCGGACGCUUACGGGGUCCCUUACGGCGCGAAGGCGGACGCGGAAGACGACUUGGAUAAAACCGUCGAGCUGUUCGCCGCCGAAAAGAAAGAGAAAAACGAUCCCGAGAGAGAGCCUUCCAAGAAGGCCGAGAAGGAGCUGAAGCCCUACGGCUCCGGCGCCAGCGGCGCCCUCAAGGAGAAGAGGCGGCGCGAGCGGCACCGCGAGAGGUGGAGGGAGGAGCGGGAGAAGCACCGGGACAGGCACGGCGACGGGCCCCCGCGGCCCCACAGAGACGAGCAGAAGCCCGCGGCCAGAGACAAGGACGGCGCCCCGACCGCGCUCAGAGACAAGCCCCGGGACGAGGGCCCCAGACCUGGCGAGACCAAACCGAAGGAGAAGUGCAGGGAAAAUCCAGAGAAGGAGAAGGGUGAGCCGGCGAAGGUCAGCAACGGGACCGAUAAGCCGCCGGCGCCCAGAGACCCGGGCAAGAGAGACGCCCGGCCCAGAGAGAAGCUUCUGGGCGACGGGGACCUGAUGAUGACGAGCUUCGAGCGCAUGCUGUCCCAGAAGGACCUGGAGGUGGAGGAGCGGCACAAGCGGCACAAGGAGAGGAUGAAGCAGAUGGAGAAGAUGCGCCACAGGUCCGGGGACCCGAAGCUCAAGGAGAGGCCGAAGCCCGCGGACGACGCGCGCAAGAAGGGCCCCGACGGGCCGGCCAAGAAGCCGCUGGCGCCGGACCCGGCCCCGAGGGACAAGAGGCCCCGGGAGCCCGCCGCGGCCCCGCCCGCUGCCGAGGGCAAGCCGCGCCCGGGACCCGCCCCGGACGCCAGGGACUGGCUGGCGGGGCCGCACAUGAAGGAGGUGCUGCCCGCCUCUCCCCGGCCGGACCAGGGCCGGCCCACCGGGGUCCCCGCGCCCGCCGCCGUGGUGUCGUGCCCCAGCUACGAGGAGGCCAUGCACACGCCCAGGACCCCGUCCUGCAGCGCGGACGACUACUCCGACCUCAUGUUCGACUGCUCGGACCCCCAGCCCGUGUCCAGCACGUCUGCCAGCGCCUGCUCGCCCUCUUUCUUCGACAGGUUCUCUGUGGCGGCUAGCGGGAUCCCAGAGACCGCGAGCCAGACGCCCACGAGGCCGCUGUGCACGAGCCUGUACCGCUCGGUGUCCGUCGACAUCCGCAGGGCGCCCGAGGAAGAGUUCAGCCCUGGGGACAAGCUCUUCAGACAGCAGAGCGUCCCCGCCUCGUCCAGUUACGACUCGCCAGGGCAGCGCCUGGACGACAAGGCCCCGGGGCCCCCGGCUCCUGCCGAGAAGUUCGCCUGCCUGUCCCCGGGGUACUACUCCCCGGACUACGGCAUCCCCUCCCCCAAAGCGGACACUCUGCACUGCCCGCCCGCGGCUGCGGUCAACGCCACCCCCUCCCCAGAGGGUGCCUUCUCUGGUUUACGCGCCAAGUCCCCCGCUUCGCACAGAGACGAGCUGUCGGCCCCGUCCGUGGAGGGGGCCCUGCCGCCCGACCUGGGCCUCCCCCCGGACGCCACGGAGGACCAGCAGGCCACUGCCGCCAUCAUCCCCCCGGAGCCCAGCUACCUGGAGCCGCUGGACGAGGGCCCCUUCAGCACGGUCAUCACGGAGGAGCCCGUCGAGUGGGCACACCCGGCCGCCGCCGAGCAGGGCCUGUCCUGCAGCCUGAUGGGGGGCACCCCCGAGCACCCCGUCAGCUGGCCUGUGGGGCCGGACCUCCUGCUGAAGUCCCCGCAGCGCCUGCCGGAGUCCCCGCAGCACCUCUGCCCGGCCGAGGCCCUCCACCCCGCUGCCCCAGGGCCCUUUGGCGCCACGGAGCCCCCUUACCCGGGCUCCCCGGACUCCUACCCUCUGUCGGCCACUGAGCCUGGACUCGAGGGCGCCAAAGGCGACGCGGUGGAAGCCGUCCCGGCCGCUGUCCCCGCCCCGGAAGAACCCACCCCCUUUGCCCCUCCUUCCAGGCUGGAGCCCUUUUUCACCAACUGCAAACCGCUGCCUGACGCGCCCCCCGACGCGGCCCCGGAGCCUACGUGUCUGGGCGCCGUGACUCCGGUGGAGGCUCUGGCGCCCGUGGAAGGGAACUUCCUGGAGAACGGGCACGAGCUGCCCGCCCUCGCCCAGGUGGCGCCGGUGCCCUGGCCUGAUGGCUUCCCCAACCCUGAGGACGACUUGGACCUGGGGCCCUUCUCUCUGCCAGAGCUUCCUCUUCAAGCUAAGGACGUUCCUGACGUCGAAGCAGAGCCCGUAGAAGAGACUCCCCUCGGUCCUCCAGAAAACACCCCCGCGGGGCCACCUGUGGUCCCGAGCGGCGGGGAGGUCCCUGCGGCAGCUGCCGAGGAGCAGCAGCCCGCGCCGCCUCCCGGCCAGGCGGCCCCGCGGCUCCUGCCCGAGCCCGAGCCCGAGCCCGAGCCGAGCGAGGAGCCUGCGCCGGACGUGACGGCGGGAAGCACGGUCGAAGCAGGGAUCGCGUCAGAGGGCAGGGCGCCCCCCGAGGACUCGGACUCCGGCCUGGGCGCCGCACCGGCACCCGCGGAGCGCCAUCCCGCGGGGAGCGCAGACGAGGCGGCCGAGGGCCGAGACCCCACGGCCGCGCCCCACGGCGCGCCCGACGCCCCCGCGGAUGGCCCGGCGCAGGCGCUCGUGGCGGACGGCACCGGGCUCGAGGGGCCCGUGGGCGGCAUCCAGCCCGAAGCUUCGGACCCAGAGCCCAGGCCCGUGGCCGAGGCCCCGAAGGCGCCCAAGGCCGAGGAGAUCCCCCAGCGCAUGACGAGGAACCGGGCCCAGAUGCUGGCCAACCAGAACAAGCAGAGCUCGCCGCCCGCCGAGAAGGAGCCGGCGCCCGCGCCCCGCGCCAAGGGCCGCUGCUGCGAGGACGACGACCCGCAGGCGCAGCACCCGCGGAAGCGCCGCUUCCAGCGCUCCGGCCAGCAGCUGCCGCCGCAGAUGAACACGUCGACGCAGCAGACGCGGGAGGUGAUCCAGCAGACGCUGGCUGCCAUCGUGGACGCCAUCAAGCUGGACGACAUCGAGCCGUACCACAGCGACCGGUCCAACCCCUACUUCGAGUACCUGCAGAUCAGGAAGAAGAUCGAGGAGAAGCGCAAGAUCCUCUGCUACAUCACCCCGCAGGCGCCCCAGUGCUACGCCGAGUACGUCACCUACACGGGCUCCUACCUCCUGGACGGCAAGCCGCUCAGCAAGCUGCACAUCCCCGUGAUCGCGCCCCCUCCCUCCCUGGCAGAGCCCCUGAAGGAGCUCUUCAAGCAGCAGGAGGCCGUGAGGGGGAAGCUGCGCCUGCAGCACAGCAUCGAGCGGGAGAAGCUCAUUGUCUCCUGCGAGCAGGAGAUCCUGCGAGUCCACUGCCGGGCGGCGAGGACCAUCGCGAACCAGGCGGUGCCGUUCAGCGCCUGCACCAUGCUGCUGGACUCCGAGGUCUACAACAUGCCUCUGGAAAGUCAGGGCGACGAGAACAAGUCGGUGCGCGACCGCUUCAACGCGCGCCAGUUCAUCUCCUGGCUCCAGGACGUGGACGACAAGUAUGACCGCAUGAAGGUGUGCGGGGAGCAGCUCCUGUCACCAGCUGGCGGUCAGACCUCUGUGGGACCCCACCUUGAGCCCUCCUCAAAGACGUGUCUCCUGAUGCGACAGCAGCACGAGGCGGCGGCCCUGAACGCCGUGCAGAGGAUGGAGUGGCAGCUGAAGGUGCAGGAGCUGGACCCCGCCGGGCACAAGUCCCUGUGCGUCAACGAGGUGCCCUCCUUCUACGUGCCCAUGGUCGACGUCAACGACGACUUCGUGCUCCUGCCCGCCUGACACCCACGGACGGCCGCACGCGACACAGGCGAGGGCCGCGCGCGUCCGCCGGCGCCGCUGCCGCGUCCAGGCAGCGCAGGGAGACCUUGUCCCUC